AUGUCAUUCGCUCUUCAAUUCUUAUUAGCAUCUACCUUAGUUUAUGGCGUUCUAUCAACGCAUCGAAGAAGAGCAGUGCCAACUGUUAUACCGAGUAUUUACGAAUUUAUAGCAGAAAAUGCGUAUAUUUGUUCUCCUGUGCAGCUGCCAGACGGAUCAUUAGUUACUUUUCUGAGCGAAGAGAAAGGAGCAAAAUGUGAAGAAUGCAAUCAUGUCCGGAUUCUUAUUAUUGAGUUAAUCUAUACGAUUUUAUUUCAGGCGUCGCUUGGAUUUGGAAAUGCUUGUGGAGUGAGGGUGAUGGGGAAUGUGAUGGACGAGGUUGCAUGUUUUGAAGUCCCCCCAUUGUGCAUCGAAGCGUUCGAAUUGCGUUAUAUGGCACAAAAACGACUGCCGUCAACAAGAAAGCCAAGAAAACGUCUGUCAUUUGUGAAUUCAAAGGAGGAAUGGGAACUGGCAAAAAGUGCUCGAAUGGAUGCACCGAGUACGACAACCAUGACAACAACGACGACACCAGUACCAAUAACUACAAAGACUACAACGAUGGUUACUUUUCCACCUUCAACUUCGCCAACUACAACUACUACAACAAAUCUACCCCAUCCAACUUUGAUUGAUGAAGAAAUAGAAGACUUUACUAUCACUCCGAUAGCCGUUCCACAGUUUAAACCUAAAAAGUCUAGAUUCACUGAAAAUAUGUCCCCUAUCUCCAAACAGCGAUCUGGAGCAUUCAAAAUUUCAAAAAUGAACGAUCAAAGAAAUGAUGAGAUGGUUCGAAUCGUCAAACGUAAAUUGAACUUUAUCGGAACCACCACAACUACACAGUCACCAGCACCGACACCAAAAGUUUGCGAGGAUAAACAUAGUCUCUGCUGUUUCUGGGCAACCACCGGCGAGUGUACAAGGAAUCCGUUCUGGAUGAAUAUCAACUGCGCGAAGACUUGUGGAACCUGUGAUUGUGAAUUAGGAACAGCUGAUAAAUGCGUUUCUUCGGGAAUCAACUGCACACUCCCCACCACCACAGUCGUUAUUACAACUACAACGACAACUCCAAAACCCACAACCACCACAACCACUCUGCCAACAACAACUACAACUAAGAAAAAGUACACCCGACCCUACACUCCACCUGCUAGCGGAUUCCGAAGAACUCAAUCCACGACAGCUAACAAAGCCAAUAGAAUUUAUACAACAACAACUCCAACUACAACUACAACAACAGCAACAACGACCACAGUCCCAACGACCACCACUGCUGACAAGUGCAAAGAUUAUCAUAAAGAGUGCAACUUCUGGGCAAUGUCCGGAGAGUGUCACACGAAUCCAUUUUAUAUGAGACCAAAUUGUCAAAAAGCUUGCAACUCUUGUGGAGAGCUGGUUGGGACUGUGUAUGCUCCGACUCCUCGGCCAGGUGACUAG